AUGGCUAAAGCUUAUAAAGUAGAAGAUUUUGAUUACAUUAUGACAAAAGUUGGUAAGAUUGAUCCCCGGGUUAAGGAAUAUCUGGAAGAAGCUGGUUAUGAAAAAUAUGAAAUUGCAUCUUAUACAAACACAAUACUCAGGAGAAGAUUUCAAGAAAUUCUGACUGAUAAUGGGGUUAAAGCUUUGCGGAUGAUGGUUAAGGUAGCUGGUAGUUAUCUAUACUGCGUAUAUGAAUUACGAAGGAGGUACAUUAUUAAUAUUAAUCAUGACACGUGCAAUUGUGGCCGGUAUCAAAUUGAUGAAAUACCAUGUGCACACGUAAUUGCUGUUUUAAAGAGUAAAAAUAUUGAUGUAAAAGAGUAUGGUCAUUACUGCUCAGAAUUGUACAGGCCAAACACCAUUGCCAAGACGUAUGAACUCCCAAUAGUUCCUAUGCCAGGCAUGAAGAAUUGGAAUAUUCCACAAUUCAUUAAUGACAAAGAAAUUUUUCCACCCAAAUACAAAAGACCUUUGGGUAGGCCAAAGAAAGGAAGACACUUGAAAUCUAGUGAAUUGCUUACUGCAAGUUCAAACCAUUGUGAUAAAUAUUGA